UUGUGGCUGUCCCGAUUAGUUCUCCAAAUAAGUUCCUCGUGUCAAAUUCACAGCCUACAAUCCUGCCCAAGACUACAACAGUACAAUCUCCAAUGAUUUUAAGCAGUUCUCCGUCUCAGCGCCUCACUCUCCCCCAGAUCAUAUCCAGCAAUGCGCGGGGCACCAAUGUUCCCAUGAUGCUUGACUCACCGGGAAUUCUGGGAGCAAUCAGAAAGCGGGGAGGAGAUAUUGAAAUAGACUUUGGUGACAGUAAAAGAAGGAAAGGAGAGAAAGGCGGCAAGGGGCUGCGUCAUUUCUCCAUGAAGGUGUGUGAGAAGGUCCAGAAGAAGGGGGUCACGUCGUACAACGAGGUGGCAGACGAACUGGUAGCGGAGUUCAGCGACCCCAGACAUAUGACCCCCACAGAUCAGCAAUACGAUCAGAAGAACAUCCGAAGGCGCGUGUACGAUGCGCUGAACGUGUUGAUGGCCAUGAACAUCAUAUCUAAAGAGAAGAAAGAGAUCAGGUGGAUAGGCCUGCCCACAAAUUCCGCACAAGAGUGUCAAAAUCUAGAGUUAGAGAAACAGAGGCGGUUGGAAAGGAUACGGCACAAAACUCAACAGUUACAGGAACUCAUUUUACAGCAAAUAGCAUUCAAGAACCUGGUGAACAGAAAUCGUGAUCUUGAAAAAACCCAAGGUCCGCCAACUGCUAAUUCAGCCAUUCAGCUUCCUUUUAUCAUAGUGAACACAAGCAAAAAGACUGUCAUAGACUGCAGCAUAUCAAACGACAAGUAUGAAUAUUUAUUCAAUUUUGACAACACAUUUGAGAUUCAUGACGACAUCGAAGUCCUCAAAAGAAUGGGGAUGGCAUUCGGGUUGGAGAAGAGUAGUAUAUCAGAGGAGCAUCUCAAUAAAGCCAUGAAAAUGGUCCCAAAGUCUUUAGAACCAUAUGUCCUACAACUGGCCAAUGUCCCUGGCGUGGCUGGGCCCAGUGGUAUUAAAGUGGAGGCGUCUGCAGCAGCAAGGUAUGAUGGCUGUCUGACCAAUCAGCCAUACUUCCUCACUUCCGGAGACAGCACGGAUGCAGAAGUUGCCCUGGCAACCAGUCACAUGUCCCGCCAGUCCAGCCUCGGCUCAUAUUCAGACGUGGCACCAUCUAGAGGGGCCACGGAGACUCCGUCGGAGUGCUUCUCGGAUGAUGACGAGGAUGAGUCUGAGCGAUCAAGCCCGGUGGAUAUCAACUGAUGGCGGAUGUGGUGAUACAAGGACAUGUAUACUUGAUAUACUUAAUUCACAGCAGUCGUUUGUUCAAGGGUUUCUCACAACACCAGCAGUGGUGGUGUUUUUGUCACUGUUGAGUUGCGGUGAUGACGACGGGAGUGAGAGCAUAGAAGUGACUGUUGACAUUGCAGAGAUAAAGGCAGCAGAUUGAAUUUUUGAAAGGAAUUAAAAAAAAGAAACUAUUUAAGAUUUUAUAAAGAUUGCUGUUCAGUACAAAAUACAGAUCUUACACUAUGAAGAUAACGGGAAGCAGGAAAAAGCAUUUACUGUGAAUUAUUACUAUUUUAAGUGAAUGUUGUUUAUUACAGUAAAAGCACAAACAAAAGAACGAGCUAGAAAAAAAAAA